AUGCUUUAUCAACAAAAUAUUGUAAACGAAGAAAAUAUUCCAUUAGAAAAUCAAGCAUCAACUAAUCAACCAACUCUAAAAACCGAAGGAUCUUUAUUUAUAAAUGAUAUGGAGAUAAUUACAAUAAAUGAUGAUAGCGAUAAAGAAUAUAAUCUUGAAUUCAACAAUUCAAAUGAAGCUGAUCUUGAAUCUAACAAUUCAAUGAAAACGAUCUCAAUUCAAAUGAAGAUCGAAUGA